GCUGGUGCCUUCCCCUCGGUCUACCAGGACCCCGGCAUGGUGGAACAAGGAACCCUAGAAAUGCUGGGAGACCAAAGUCUUGGAGUACCAGCCCUGAGACCGUCCCCAGUGACCCCUCCCAGUAGCAGACAGUUUUCCGAGACCCUGCUGGGGUUUUGCCGCACCUUGUUGAAACAGGAUUGUGGAGAAAGGAACAGAAGUGUUGUGGUCCCCCCCAACCCUGCCCCUUCUCUUCUUAAUGUAAAGCUAUGCAAAGCCCAGAGCCUUCCUUCAGCUGCUCAGCCCAAAUCCUGCACAGGGCUGGGGAAAGGACCCUGUAACCAGCCACCCACCCUAGCACCCUCUACUACUUUGCUGCCUGCUGUGAGAUGGGUGCUGGAGCCAACAGGAGCUGCUGAUGGGACAGUGACCUGGCAGGAGACCGGAAACCAUGCCCCAUUCCCUGGGGAAGGCGGCCACUUGACUCUCCUCCUCUGCCUUGCCUCUUUGAGCACUUGCUCCCCACACUUCCUUCCUGGCUGAGACUUCAAUGCAGAGCCAGUGGGACACUGCGGCUACGGGGGGCUCGGUGACGUGGCCCACGAUGUGCAUGGCUCUCUAGGGUGCACUGGGGCAGGGUUUCACGGCGUCUUCGGCGAUGACUGGGAAGAGCCGGGGAUAUUCAUGCAUGGGGCAGCUCUCCUUCUGCCUGCUCCUGAGUGCCUGCGGCUGGUGGUGCAACCCGGCCAGCUCGGCCAAGCCCAAGGGCCAGGGGCAUCCGCACAUGAACUCCAUCCGCAUCGACGGGGACAUCACUCUGGGAGGCCUCUUCCCUGUGCAUGGCCGGGGCUCGGAGGGCAAAGCCUGUGGUGAACUGAAGAAGGAGAAGGGCAUCCACCGUCUGGAGGCCAUGCUGUUUGCCCUGGACCGCAUCAACAAUGACCCUGACCUUCUCCCCAACAUCACUCUGGGGGCUCGCAUCCUGGACACCUGCUCCCGGGACACUCAUGCCUUGGAGCAGUCGCUCACCUUUGUCCAGGCCUUAAUCGAGAAGGACAGCACUGAGGUGCGGUGUGUCAAUGGCGGGCCCCCCAUCAUCACCAAGCCGGAGCGCGUGGUGGGCGUCAUCGGGGCCUCCGGCAGCUCUGUUUCCAUCAUGGUGGCCAACAUCCUGCGCCUGUUCAAGAUCCCCCAAAUAAGCUAUGCCUCCACCGCCCCCGACCUGAGCGACAACAGUCGGUACGACUUCUUCUCCCGUGUUGUCCCCUCCGACACCUACCAAGCCCAGGCCAUGGUGGACAUUGUCAAGGCGCUCAAGUGGAAUUACGUCUCCACCUUAGCCUCUGAGGGAAGCUAUGGUGAGAGCGGGGUGGAGGCCUUCAUCCAGAAGUGCAGAGAGGAUGGAGGAGUGUGCGUCGCCCAGUCGGUGAAGAUCCCGCGGGAACCCAAGCUGGGGGAGUUCGAUAAGAUCAUUCGCCGCCUCCUGGAGACCUCCCAUGCCCGGGCUGUCAUCAUCUUUGCCAACGAGGACGAUAUCAGGAGGGUGCUGGAGGCGGCGAAGAGGGCCAACCAAACGGGGCACUUCAUCUGGAUGGGCUCGGACAGCUGGGGCUCCAAAAUCUCUCCUGUGCUCCACCAGGAAGAGGUGGCUGAGGGGUCUGUGACCAUCCUGCCCAAACGAGUGUCUGUCAAAGGUUUCGAUCGCUAUUUCACCAGCCGGACGCUGGACAAUAAUCGGCGAAACAUCUGGUUUGCCGAGUUCUGGGAGGAAAACUUCCAUUGCAAGCUGAGUCGACAUGCGUUGAAGAAAGGCAGCAACAUUAAGAAGUGCACAAAUCGUGAGCGGAUCGGCCAGGACUCCUCGUACGAGCAGGAGGGGAAGGUGCAGUUUGUCAUUGACGCCGUCUAUGCCAUGGGGCACGCCCUGCACAACAUGCACAAGAACCUGUGUCCCGGUAAGGUCGGCCUCUGCCCCAAGAUGGACCCGGUGGACGGCGUGGAGCUCCUCAAGUACAUCCGCAGCGUCAACUUCUCAGGCAUUGCUGGGACCCCGGUGACGUUCAACGAGAAUGGAGAUGCCCCUGGCCGUUAUGACAUCUACCAGUACCAGAUCCGAAAUUCCACCCCCGAGUACAAAGUCAUUGGGCAGUGGAGUGAUCACCUGCACUUAAAUAUAGAAAGCAUGCACUGGCCUGGCGGAGGCAACUGGCUCCCGUCUUCUAUCUGCAGCCUGCCCUGCAAGCCAGGUGAGAGGAAGAAGCUAGUGAAGGGCAUCCCCUGCUGCUGGCACUGUGAGCGCUGCGACGGGUACCAGUACCAGCUGGAUGAGUUCCACUGCAAGAUGUGCCGCUUCAGCGAGCGCCCCAACGAGAACCACACCAGCUGUGUCCCCAUCCCCAUCGUCAAGCUGGAGUGGAGCUCGCCCUGGGCUGUGGUGCCUGUCUUCAUUGCCAUCGUGGGCAUCAUUGCCACCCUCUUUGUGGUGGUGACCUUUGUGCGCUACAACGACACGCCCAUCGUCAAGGCCUCGGGGCGGGAGCUCAGCUAUGUCUUGCUGACGGGCAUCUUCCUUUGCUAUGCCACCACCUUCCUGAUGAUCGCUGAGCCUGACCUUGGCACCUGCUCUUUGAGACGCAUCUUCUUGGGGCUGGGCAUGAGUGUCAGCUACGCGGCCCUGCUCACUAAGACCAAUCGCAUCUACCGCAUCUUUGAGCAGGGCAAGAAGUCAGUCAGCGCCCCGCGCUUCAUCAGCCCUGCCUCCCAGCUGGUCAUCACCUUCAGCCUCAUCUCUCUGCAGCUGGUGGGGGUCUGCAUCUGGUUCAUUGUGGACCCUUCUCACUCCAUCAUUGACUAUGAGGACCAGCGGACUACGAACCCCCACUUUGCCCGGGGCAUCCUCAAGUGUGACAUUUCUGACCUGUCCCUCAUCUGUUUGCUUGGGUACAGCAUGCUCCUCAUGGUGACCUGCACUGUGUAUGCUAUUAAGACCCGCGGGGUCCCGGAGACCUUUAACGAAGCCAAACCCAUCGGGUUCACCAUGUACACUACCUGCAUCGUCUGGUUAGCCUUCAUUCCCAUAUUUUUCGGGACAUCACAGUCAGCAGAAAAGAUGUACAUCCAGACCACGACCCUGACCAUCUCUGUGAGCCUGAGCGCCUCGGUCUCCCUGGGCAUGCUCUACAUGCCGAAGGUGUACAUCAUCCUCUUCCACCCUGAGCAGAACGUCCCAAAGCGCAAGCGCAGCCUCAAGGCGGUGGUGACAGCAGCCACCAUGUCCAACAAGUUCUCUCAGAAGGGAAGUUUCCGCCCCAAUGGAGAAGCCAAAUCGGAACUGUGCGAAAAUCUUGAAACACAAGCUCUGGCCACCAAACAGACUUACGUCAGCUAUAGCAACCACGCGAUUUAACUCCAGCCAACAGCAGCCGCCCACGGUGGAGGGGGGGCCUGUGCAAGAGGAAGAGACGCAGAAGAGUUGAGUCAAAAUCGCUCGCCGCAGGAAAUGGGAGAGUGGGGAAACCAGGUCAGAUUUGAAGGCGGCAUUGCGGGGGCCUCGUUCUGCUAGCUGGGCUGUUGGAGGGAGCUCCUUGGGAAGAUGGCGAUGAACAGCAGCAAAAAAUGAACAUCAAACCAAUCAACAAAAGCCACCAACCAAGCACCAUGAAAAUGCAUGCCUCCCAACGGAGGAAGAGGAACAACGGAGCAGGGCGAACGUGCAAUGGAGAGAGGUGACGGACUUUCGCAAUUUGUGGGUUUUUUUCCUUAUCUUGGCAAAACAAAAGAAAAAAAAUACAAAUCCAUUUUUCCCUUUUCCAAAAUUUGUGCGAUUGUUUGUGGUUGUGGAAACUCUUUUGUUCCCCUGCCCCCGCCCCCCCUUUAGUUUUUCCUUUUCCAUUUUUCUUUUGUUCCCGUCUUCCUCCUUCCCUAUUCACAUUCUCUCUCUCUCUC